CGCCGCAUUGCACUGUUUACGUAAAAAUUAAAUCUUUCUGCGGCUUUUAAGGUUUUUUAUUUUCUUUUAGUGAAUAUAUUCUAACAUAGCUUUUGAAAUAAGUACUGCACUAAAAUGAACCAAGCCGAUGUGAGUAAGCUGAUGUCGCAAUUGCGUAUAGCCAUCAAGCCGCACCGUAAUCUUAAAAAUCCUGAUGGCCCCGAGGGCCGCUUGUUAAAACUACGCAAGACAGUGACGGCACUGGUGAAGCAUGAACGCAUUGAAUUGUAUUACAACCGGGCCGAUGAAGCGCGCGGUUAUGCGGAACUGUUAAUUUCCAAUGCCAUACGUUAUGGCGAUCGACACAUAGCCACAAUGGAGUUGGCGGACUACUGGCUGCUCGAAAAACAAUUGGUACAUAAACUUUUUAAGGUGCUAGUGCCACGAUUUGAAAAAUGCAACCUGUCAUACACCCGCAUGUACAAAGCACCGCGUGAUUAUCCCGGCAUGUAUUACAAGAAGUCGGUACUGGAGUUGCGUGGCAAUCCUUAUCCAACAUUAUUGCCUGAUUUUUCGAAGAAUCGUAGUUUGCUACACAAUAUUUUGCUUGAUGAGGCACGAAAAGAUCACAGACGAGAACGGCUAGCGGAAAUAGCUGAAAAAAUAGCGGCAGAUUCUGCAGAAAAUAUAAAGGAAGUAGAUACUGAGUCCGGAGCGAAAGGUGAUGAGAAGGUGGAGAAAGUUUAAAAGUUUUGAUGUUUUGCAUUCACUAUCUAUGUGUUAAAAAUUAUUGAGCGCAAUUACUGAGUGUUUUAGUUAAUUUGUAUAUUAAUAAAAGUAAUUGACUGUUAAAUCCAA